CAGCCAGGGAGCGAGCGGAGCCAGAGAGCUGCGGACUCACAAAGCGGCCGGACGCGCGGCGGCGGGUGGCAGGAGCGCAGGGGAGCGAGCGGCCCUUCAGCCUUCCCUGCGACCGCGCCACAGGAGCUCGAGCAACUCGGACGCGGGGACCUGGGCCGGCCCCCAAGAUGCCAGCGAUCGCGGUGCUCGCGGCGGCCGCCGCGGCGUGGUGCUUCCUCCAGGUGGAGAGCCGGCACCUGGAUGCACUCGCCGGAGGCGCGGGCCCCAACAACGGCAAUUUCCUGGACAACGACCAGUGGCUGAGCACCGUCUCCCAGUACGACCGGGACAAGUACUGGAACCGCUUUCGAGAUGAAGUUGAGGAUGAUUAUUUCAGAAACUGGAACCCCAACAAGCCCUUUGACCAAGCCCUGGACCCAUCCAAAGACCCCUGCCUGAAGGUGAAAUGCAGCCCUCACAAAGUGUGUGUGACCCAGGACUACCAGACUGCCCUGUGUGUCAGCCGCAAGCACCUGCUCCCCAGGCAAAAGAAGGGGAACGUGGCCCACAAACACUGGCUUGGACCUUCGAAUCUGGUCAAGUGCAAGCCCUGCCCCAUGGCACAGUCGGCCAUGGUCUGCGGCUCCGAUGGCCACACCUAUACAUCCAAGUGCAAGAUGGAGUUCCAUGCUUGUUCUACUGGCAAAAGCCUCACUACCCUCUGCGAUGGGCCCUGUCCAUGUCUCCCGGAGCCUGAGCCACCGAAGCACAAGGCAGAAAAGAAUGCCUGCACGGACAAGGAGUUGAGGAACCUGGCUUCCCGGCUGAAAGACUGGUUCGGAGCCCUUCACGAGGAUGCAAACAGGGUCAUCAAGCCCACCAGCUCUGACACAGCCCAAGGCCGGUUUGACACCAGCAUCCUGCCCAUCUGCAAGGACUCCCUGGGCUGGAUGUUCAACAAGUUGGACAUGAACUAUGACCUCCUGCUUGACCACUCAGAGAUAAAUGCCAUCUACCUGGAUAAGUACGAGCCCUGUAUCAAGCCUCUCUUCAACUCUUGCGACUCCUUCAAGGAUGGCAAGCUCUCAAACAACGAGUGGUGCUACUGUUUCCAGAAGCCUGGAGGUCUCCCUUGCCAGAAUGAAAUGAACAGGAUUCAGAAGCUCAGCAAAGGGAAAAGCCUGUUGGGAGCAUUCAUACCUCGCUGUAAUGAGGAGGGCUAUUACAAAGCCACACAGUGCCAUGGCAGUACUGGGCAGUGCUGGUGUGUGGAUAAAUACGGGAACGAGCUGGCUGGCUCCAGGAAGCAGGGCGCUGUGAGCUGUGAAGAGGAACAGGAGACCUCAGGAGAUUUUGGCAGUGGCGGCUCAGUGGUCCUGCUGGAUGACCUAGAGGACGAACGGGAGCUGGGACCAAAGGACAGACUGGGGAAGCUGAGGGUGCACACCCGGGCAGUGACAGAGGACGACGAGGACGAGGACGAUGACAAAGAGGACGAGGUCGGGUACAUAUGGUAGUCCCCACCAGGAAGAGGACACAAGGGUGGCACACAAUUGCAAGUCACUUCCUGUUCCUGCAUUUGUAUCUAAGACUCCACGGCACCAAGGUCUCUUCUCCAUUGUUGCUCUCUCUACCUGACCUAAGGUUUGGGAACAAGUCCUUGUUCCCAGAGCAUUCUGAUUUUGCAUACGGUCGUGUGGGAAGAAAGGUGUUGUGUUGUGUUUUGUUUUUAGACAGGGGAAUGGCUGGUUGAAUUAGAGCCUCCUUCCCUCCCAUGAGACUUUGCAACGAGCAUGUGAUGUAUGUGGGAUUCUGACAGUGCAGGGAGCCCCACCCCCUAAAUGUCAAAGACCCUUUUUGACUACCCACGCUGGUGGUUAUGACAGCAUGGUUCCCAGCCUCACGGUGUCUCAGUGCUUUUCUUGUGUCUUGUAAAUGUUGUGGAAAACACACCACACUGUACUCUAGUCCCUUUGCUCCCCACCACCCCUGGUGUUUAUUAUUAAAAGUUAGUUAUUCAUAUCACUAUAUCUGGCUUCCUGCAAACAACAGCCUUAAUUCAGUCCAGAAUCCCUUCGGGCAACUGAUUUUCUUUAUUUAAAAAAUGGUGUCUGGAUGCUUCUCUCUGUACAUGCAUAAAAAUGUAUUUAUGUACAGAAGACACUGUGUGUAUGCAAGGUACACACACCUCUCCGAAAACCUGUUUGGGUACCUAUUAAAAACUCAUUGGAAAAACAAUGAUAAGUUUAUCAGCUUGUCCAGACCUGGAUCACAAUUUCUGGAAUACAAAAUUUGUAUCAAGUCCUUUUUGCACUAACAGUUGGCACUUGUAGCCUGCAGGCGGAGGGGGUUCCUUCUCUGUGCACCAGCAGAGUUACUGGAAGCCUCUGGGAUUGGGACGAGCCUCUGUCUGCCUAAAUCACUUUGCUCCCACAAGCCAUGCGACUCCCACGUGGGCAGCUUCACAAGCCAUCUCUUUCAUUUCAGCUCAAAGCCCCCCGUGGGCUAAAGCAGUCCUAUCUGCUGCAGGUCCCUUCCUCCCCUACCUACUCAAGGGCUCUUUCUAAGGCCUGUGCACAUACCCCCUGCUCGCCGAGAACACGGUGCCACGCUGUUCCUUAGGAGAAGGAAAUGCAGGAUUCUGAACUCAAGGUUUUGCUUUGGCCCACUUUCUAUCUGCCAACCAUGAUGAGGGUACAACAGCAGCGCGGAUUUCAUACCACUCGUCAUCUGUAAAGAACCCCAGGGGGAGGCCUAGGAAGGGCCCCAUAGCAGCACGUGGAAGCUAGGGUUGGAUUAGUAAGAGCUCGUCCUGUCUCCAUGCCCUCACCCACACCAGUGUCCCAAUACGAAUGAAGAAAGUGCUUCACCAUUUGCGUUUCUUUUCCCUAAGUAUUGUUAGAGUCCAUCUCCAAAUUCGGUGGGGUUUUCAUCUCUGUAGUCUUUAGGAUUUCUUUCCCUAUCAAGCUGGCCCAGAUACAAGGACAAGUACCAAAGAGUAGUCUUCCAAGUGGUCCCGUUUAGUUCAGCGCUGGCCCUUAAGCUCCUGUCCCACACGGUUUCCACCUGCCCGGAUGCCCUACUCAGCCACCCAGCUAGGCCCUCUGGCCCACAUGGGUUUUUCUUCCCUACUCCACGAGCUCCAGCCAGUCCACAGAGACCACACCACAGAAACUCAGGCAAAACAUAUAUUCAGCCAAACCACGAUCUCAGUGGCAGCUGACCGACCCUCCACCCCAAAUGACCAUUUCUUUGUACUUUACCAGCCUGCCUCAAACUAGCAUUUUCCAAUCCUUGCAUUGGCCGGACAAAGAGGCACUGUCCCCAAAGUUAGUCUCAGAUGGGAAACGAACAUGCUUGACGUAGCAAAUUCCUUAGGCCCGACAGACACGAGUACCACCAGGACCCUAGGUGUAGGGAGACCACAGGCAAGCUCUACUUUGGGAUCUCAACUCCAUCACCUCUGCUUUCAUAUUGUUUUCCUAACUUGCACAGAAUUUUUGAGAUCAUAAUUUAGAAAGCAGGUGCUUAAUUGCAGCUAAAUUACAAUAGAGUAUAUAAAAGAAUCAAGACAUUAAAAAAAAAAAUCUCAGUUUAGACCCUCAAAGAAAACCACUGUUACUAUCUCCUCCGAGCCUGGAAAAAUGCACAAGAGAACAAAUUAAAAUUGACACAUUGAUUUCACUUAGAGAAACUUCUAGGAACAGAGUGAACCACUGAUUUUAAUUUGCCUAAUUAUCUUAUGACAAGUGUCAAAUUAAGAUAACACUUAAAAAUCCUCAGCAUUAACUCGAUGAUGGAGAAGAGUGCUCAGGAGUCAAUUCCCAGGAAGGUCAUGAGAUGCUCAUUUUCAGAGAUAUUCCAAGAAUAUAUUUGGAUUCAUUAAAAUAUUAAAUGAAAAGCCCUCCUACGACCAGAACCCCAAACCAAUGGAGCGACGUUAACACCACUUUUCAUGCCUCACUUUGGCAUGACAGUGUUUGAGUUGUUACAGGUCUUCAAUACUUUCACUUGUGAAAAGUACUAAAGGUUAGAUUUUUUCAGUUACUUUAGCCUUAGAAAUAGAAUUUUUUGUUUUCCUCCUUUUGGCAGGAGUCCUUUAGCUAGUGACAAGGUAUACAUAAAAAUCGUUAUUUAAAAAACUGCUUCAGUAAUAAUCCAUUCCUGUGUUUGCAACAGGUAUUGAGUUGAAUCCUCACUAACUCAUUUUUGGAAACUCCUUCGUGAAUAGUUUUAUUCUUAUUCCAUAAAUGCUUCUUUUAUUUAAUAUCAUUUCCUUAACAUCCAACUUAAAUCCCAGAAUUUUCUCCCACCAUGCUUAGUUGUUGGCCAUAUUAAUGUCUUUUUGUUUCCACAGAUAUUCUAGGCAUGGAAAUACCUUAAUACUGAAUUGGAGGUUUUGUAUCAGUUUCCCCUUCUUGACUCCCAUUUUCCCGGGCCCAGCACUGAAUGACAACGUGUCUGUCCAGGUCUGCCCCUCUGCUUUUCCCAGGAUGCCAUUCACAUUUGUUUUUUUACCUGGACCACAUUGUACAGUAACAUCCAAGAGCCCUUUCUACAGUGGGUGGUUUUGGUCUUUUUAUACCUUUUUCUCGAAGUCGCUGAUGUUUGUCCCUGUUCAAUGUGUAGCACUGUAAUGAGAGCCCACCAAAUCCUGAGUGUCAGUUUGUCGUCCCUAUUGUAGAUGAAAUAGUGAAGUAGAAAAACCUAGUGAAUUCUGAAUGCUUUUCCACGUAGACUUAUCUGGAAUGUGAACACGACUUUUUGGUUAAUAGUAAUUGCUUAACUGUAGUCCUGAGUAGGUGAAUUUUUGUCUGUCUCAAUAAAUUUUAAUUUGUCUGCAA